CGGCCUUGUAUAAUAACCCCUAGACCGCUAAACUGAAACUUUUUUACUGUUCUAUUUGGUGAUAAAACGAAAGUGACAUUGGUGGAAUCAUGAAAAGAGCAAUCGGAAAGUGCUGGCGUGAAUCAGCAUCGUUGAUAGUGCUUGCUAAGCGUAAUGUGGACGUUUCAUCGAGUAGGAACGCAGGGGGCAGUAACUAUGAUAUUUUAUUGCAGACUCGGACACAUAACGCUUCGUUCUCGAACGGUGUAGUGUUUCCGGGCGGUGUGAGUGAGGAGGCGGAUGCGAGUGAGCAUUGGUUGCACCUCCUCAGCUCUUUCGGCUUCGGCCAGAACGAUUUCGAGGCUCUACAUCGUUCUAGAGCACUUGCAUCACCUAUAUUUGCCAGUAACCCCAUCCGAAGACACAUAGCAUUGAGGAUAAGUGCAAUAAGGGAGACUUUUGAGGAGCUCGGCCUCCUUAUAUGCAGCUCCAAACAUAAAGCAGACAGAAGUGGCAAAUGGGCAGAUGUAUUAGCUGAUGUUGAUGUCAAAUAUUGGCAGAGUCGGGUGAGUAAAGAUCCUGCUGAGCUUUUCAACCUCUGCAAGCAGUACAGCUGUUAUCCGGACAUAUGGGCGCUUCACUACUGGAGCAACUGGCUGACUCCCUCUAAGGCACGGGUGCGGUUCGACACUGCGUUCUUUGUGACCGCCUUGAAGGAACAACCGACUGGGAUUCAAGCCAACAGCGAAGUAGUGAAAGCUGAGUGGGAAACUCCAUUGAAUAUUUUGGCAAGAAAUAGUAGAAAGGAAGUGCAAUUGUACCCACCACAGGGCUAUGAGUUCCAUCGACUGUCCAAAUUCAAUGACAUAGAGGAAUUGGUACAAUUUGCAAAGGAAAUAAGCUGCAAGGGUAAUGAACUCUUCUACCCUGUUCAUGUGCAAGCAAAGGAUGGUGCUAUACAUCUUUUGCCAGGCGACUACAGCUACCCAUCAAAUGUAGACCUCGAUGACGUGUCGGUGCUAAAAGAAGAAAAGACUAUACUAGAACUAAGAGACACUAAGCAAACACUUCACCGCUUCGAAAUAUCGAAAGAAGAAGUGGUAUUAGUUACACAAAAUUAUACACCCAAAAACCAUAUCACCAUGGACAAUCAAGUCGUGCCUCUUAAUGUUGUUACAAUACAUUAA